AAACUUCCUGAAAUCCGCCGUGCAUAUAUAGCGGCUUCAUUCCGACUGUGCUGCACAGAACCGACAGGAACAGCCCCUACCGUCGCCUCCUACUCCAGCCGGGAAGACUCAGAAUGCUGCUGUGCGGAGGAGUCCUGCUGCUGAUGGCCAGCGCCCUGGCCUACCCCUCCCAGCAGGAGUGGCUGGACUCUGAGUGGGAGAGCUGGAAGAUGACCUACAGGAGGCAGUACAACGGCCUGGUGAGUCCCCUGACCCCCUGUCGGUGGGCUGACCACUCCUCGGCUCCCCACACGCGAUUCGAUCUGAUCUCGGCCUCUUCAGAUCAGCCUUCCUCUGAAGUCAAAGCAGGUUUUGACUCGGCUGGGAUGAACCCCAGCAGGUGUGUCGGGGUCACCAGCACUGGGAACCCCAAGUCUAGUCCGUCACCCAUCCUCUGUGCGCCCCCUUCCUUUCAGACCUCGGAGGAGGUGGCAGAGAAGAUGAUGGGGCUCCAGGUUCCCAUGUUCCGGAAUUCCAGCGACACCUACAUCCCUGACGACAUGCAGAAGCUGCCCAAGGCCAUCGACUACCGAAAGUUGGGCUACGUCACCCCGGUCCGGAACCAGGGCUCCUGCGGCUCCUGCUGGGCGUUCAGCUCGGCCGGGGCGCUGGAGGGCCAGCUCAAGAAGACCACCGGCCAGCUGGUCAGCCUCAGCCCGCAGAACCUGGUGGACUGCGUGAAGGAAAACGACGGCUGCGGCGGGGGCUACAUGACCAACGCCUUCAAGUACGUCAUGACCAACCGCGGCAUCGACUCCGAGGAGUCCUACCCUUACGUGGGAGAGGACCAGCAGUGUGCCUACAACAAGACGGGCCGGGCCACUGGCUGCAAGGGCUACAAGGUGAUCCCCGAGGGCAGCGAAAAGGCGCUGCAGGCCGCCGUGGCCAAGAUAGGCCCGGUGUCCGUGGGCAUCGACGCCACCCUCUACAGCUUCCAGUUCUACAAGAGGGGAGUGUACUACGACCGCAACUGCAACAAGGACGACAUCAACCACGCCGUCCUGGCGGUGGGCUACGGCGCCACGCCCAAGGGCAAGAAGUACUGGAUCAUCAAGAACAGCUGGGGUGAGGACUGGGGCCACAAGGGCUACAUCCUGAUGGCGCGGAACCGGAACAACUUCUGCGGCAUCGCCAGCCUCGCCAGCGUCCCCGUCAUGUAACCGGAGAGAGCGAGCGGGUGGAGGGGAGGGGAGGGGAGAGCCGCCGGCGCUCUGACUGACAACACCGCAGCCCCGCUCCCCCACACGCCUCUACGAGCCAGAAACAGAGCCUCGGCGCCUCUUCCACCAUAACCUGCACCCCCAUUUUUUCUAUAAAUCCGUGGUUUCCUACUUCCUCCUCAGAGCCCGCCUCCCUUCCCCGUUUCCGAUCCGUAAUUCUUAAAGCGCACCACUCCGGUUUUAACAGAGAGAACGCCAAUCACCGCCCACUUCGGACAGCCUGCAAACCAGGAUUUCUCCCCCGGCACCGGCACUUGGCCGGUGACCUUGCAGGCGCGUCCGUGCCAACCCAUGUUUGUACCUCUCCCUCCUUCAGCGUGUUGCACUCGUACUGUACGCAUGAUGGAUUUCGCGUCACGGUUGGCGGAUUUAAUACAACGCCGAACUGGGGAGGUUUUUAUUGUUGUUUUCCAAUAUUGGAGCGCAGGACCGGAGUCCAGCACAUCCUCCUUCAGCCCCCAUCCGAUGAUGGAGAAGAACCCAGUGCAAAGUUUACACCGCCUUUUCCUUUGGGAAUAUAGUGGGAGCUGGGUGCUGGAAAAACAAUAAGACGGGAGGAGAACAGACUCCCAGGUGUUUCCACGCGAGAACAUGUCUGGGUGUUUGUCUCUUUCUCCCCAGGUAGCUCAUAAAAUCAGGGGAUAGCCCUGCAUCUGAAACUGCACAGCUCCAGCCACACAGCUCUGUUUGAAACGGUGGAGGCUCCUGUGUUCCAGUUUUCAAACCCCACUGGUUCAGCAUCACAGGUCAGGAGGGUGGAGAAGCAGGGUGUGUGAGUUUGAAAUGUUGCCCUGUUUACUCAGCCAUGUAUUGAAACAGCAACGUACUGGUAACCAUUUGGCGUUGAAAUAAAAUAACUCAUAAUCAUU